GCUGAAAAAACAAUAUUUAAUUUUGAUAACAUAUUAACAGAAAAACAAAUAUUUAGCCAAAUUAGUGAAGAAACUAAAGACUUGGAUAACGACAGUGUAUCAGAUGUAGAUUAUAAACCAUUAAAUUUUGUAAAUUUACAUUUAUUGGAUCUAGACAUUCCAACUCUCAACAAUUGCAAACUUCAAAAUUUAAAACAAGAACUGGAAGAAGUGAACUAUAAAAAUGAAAAAUCUUUACUUUCAUCAGAAUCAUUGAUAUUACAAAAUGUCAUUCUAAACAUAUCUUACAAAUUGAAAGAAAAUGUAGCUGAUCUUACUGAAGUUAACUCUCAAACAGCAGAUAUUUUACAACUAGAAAAUAAAGAAGAAAAAGAAGUUUCAAAAGAAAUUGUUGAAAUAAGGGCUGAAGAUGAUUUGCUUGAUGAAAGUAUACAAGAACAAAUAAAUGCAGAAUUAAAAGCUUUAAGGAUUCAAAUUGCAAAAAGUCAAGCAGUUCUUGCCUUUCUGCAAUCUAAAGGUUCUAGUGUAUCACAAGAAGUAAUAGAACAUUCCAAUUCUGAAAAGUGUUUUAAAAAUUCUGAAGCCUCAAAAAGUCAAGAUAACAUUAUAGAAGAUGAUAUACAUCAAGAUAUUAGAAAUACAUAUUAUGAACACUCACAAUCAUUUAAAUUGGAACAAAAGUCUAAUCAAAUCAAGCAUCCUCCAAACAGGAGUAACAGUUCAUCAACAAAUCCAAAGCCUAUGCCUUUACACAGAGCUCAUUUUGCAUUUUCCUGUCCUAUACUUCCUAGUCAUACAUCAUUUAUUACAAGGGCAACUCAAACUGAUCCAAUUGAUUCAACUUUCAGCUCAUUUAGGACUUCAAAUGGUGAACAUCUUUUUGAAAAUCUCAGAUCAAACAGUUAUUGUAAAACUUUAAAUAGAACAAAUGCAUUGAACACUGAUAAUAGAACUGUUGGAAAUAGCAUUCCUGAUUACAAAGUGGCCUGUGCUGCUCAAAGUCUUAAAACAUGUCUGCUUGCUGUGCCAAAUGCAAUUUGUUUCCAAGAAAGAAUAGAUUCACCAAUCUCUCCUAGUUUCCCAAGAAACAGAAGUUUUAGUUUUGUAACUGCUAUUAAAAAAGGGAAUCCACAUUUAAUAGAUGCAACAGAUAGUUAUUAUUGUACAAAUGUAGAAGAAAAAUUUUCACAGUCUGCUACAGAUUCUUUAACUAAAGAUAAUGUCCAUUCUGAAGUGCCAAAUAUUUCUUAUUGUAAUUCAUACAGUAAUAUUGGAAAAGAAUAUAGCCCACAAAUAAAACCAUGUCCAAAUGAAGAUAAGGAAUAUAAUAGGCCAUUUAUAAAUAUGAAAAAUAACAUUAAUUCUUCAUCUCAACCAUUACAAACAGUAUUACCUAAUGUGGAGUUAUCUAAAGAAAUAUCUAAAAACGAUAAGAAGAAAAAUGAACAAACAGAAAAAUGUGAAUUACAGUUAACAAUAGGUGGUGAUUCUGUAGAAGAUAAAACAUCAAGAGCUAAAAAUAAAAAAGAUAAUAAUAUAGCUGAAAAAGAUAGAAUNCAAUCUCACCCAUACGGACACGUUAGGCUCAAUUAA